AUGGCACCGCUACCGAACGGCCCACCCAGCACCAUCCGCCAGCUCGCCAACCAGAUCGGCGUCGUCCACUUCGCUGGCCCAGACGCCACCAUCGUCCACCCCAUCAUUCCGUACAAUCCUGUCAACGUCACAGCUGGCUACCAGGAAGGCGUCGGCCUGAACCGAACCUUUCUCGAGUACCUCUGGGACGGCGCGACUGCGGCUUCCAUCGGCGAAGAAUGCGUAAGCUUGUACAAGUUCAUUGUGCAGCACUAUACGGACGAGCAUGAUAUCUUCCUUUUUGGGUACAGCCGCGGGGCGUUCACGGUGAGGUGCGUGGGUGGGAUGAUCAACAACUGUGGGAUUUUGAGGGGUGAAGCAACGCAGAGUGCAGAAGAGCUGGAUACGUUGUGUCAAGAGGUGUACAGGACGUACCGCAGUCCACUGGCUGUUGAUCACCCGCAAUCUGAGCGAUGUCGGUCAAUGAAAAGCGAUAUCUCGAGCGUAUGGCAGGUCAAUCAGCCUAUUCGUUUCAUGGGGCUGAUCGACACUGUCGGUGCGCUGGGUAUACCGCGCCUGAACGCUGGCAUUGGCUUCAAUUACAAAGAAUUCGAGCUCUAUGAUCAAAAAGUAUCAUCGGCAGUCCAGGUCGUAUAUCACGCCCUCUCCCUCCAUGAGAGGACAUGGGAGCUCCAGCCUUGCUUCAUCUACCCACCCCCCGGAAAUGCCACGAUCGUCAAACAGCAGUGGUUCCCCGGAGUCCACCACGACCUGGGCCGCUCUACAUUCCGCUACCUGCGCCAACGCCCCUGGAACACUCUCGAAGGCUUCCUCGACCUGCUACCCAGUUUCCUCACAAAAACAGAGUGGCCAAACGAAGUAUGCUCCGACGUCGUAGCCUGCUGGAUCCUCCAAGGCAUAAAAGACGUCGAAGCCCCAAUCGACCCAAACUUCACCGUCCCCGGUAUCGAUCGCGAAAUCCGCAGCUUAAGCCUCCGCAUCUCAGCGCCUGACCCGCGGACUCUCGGCACGGGCGAUACUUCUUCUGCUGCUUCCUCUUCACCCGCCGCUACGCCUGCGUCGGCCCCCACGUCCACGCAGUCCUUCCUCGACACUCUCAAACGUCUCGCAUCCCUUCCAUUCACUCUUCUCAACUCCCUCUUUCCGCGCUUCGGCAACGCUUCUGACAGCCUGGGCCUCAGCGCCAUCCUAGGCACCCUAGCCGCCACCAUAGAUCGCAGGAUUCCGCGAGCGACACUGCAGGAAGAAGUCUAUCCUUAUCUGAACGAGGAGACUGUGGUUGAUGACGUAGGGAGGGAGAGGAGGUUCACGGUGGGGCGGUUCGAGGCUCGGGACGAGGGAGUAUAA